UUUAAGGGUUCGUUUAGUUGUUUGGAUAAGAAGAGAACUUUCAACUAAGACAUUCUCCGGCAAUGUUGCCGGCAACUGUGUUGUGCACCAAAGCUGACUUGGCAUUUGGCCAUCAAUUAUUCAGCCAUGGCAGACGAACUGACUUGGUAUCUGGCCACAAUUCGAAAAUGUCCAAGACUAGUGCACACUUCGGGUUGAAGCCCAAAGUGAAAAGGCUUCAACUCGGAAGGCUUUGUCUUUGCAAUAAAGCUCGCCGGGAAACCCUUUUUACCACCGGAGCUGGUGGCGGUGGCGGUGGCGGUGGCGGUGGAGGAAUGGAUUCAAUUUUAGAAAGGGAUGAGAAAAUAAGGAAAUUAACACAGAGUAUAUUGUGGACUGCGGAAGGAGUGUACGUGUUGUGGCUCUUCUUGCUUCCCUAUGCACCUGGAGAUCCAGUGUGGGCAAUCAGUUCAGAAACAGUCAAUGAUCUGAUUGGUCUCUCCCUCAAUUUCUUCUUCAUUCUUCCUCUUCUGAAUGCUGGGGGUGUCCACUUACUGGAGGCACCGGUGCUUCAUCCGAUGUCUGAAGGACUGUUUAAUUUUGUAAUUGGCUGGACUUUCAUGUUCGCUCCUUUACUAUUCAGUGAUCGCAAGAGAGACAGAUACAAGGGAUCAUUAGAUCUUUUAUGGGGCCUCCAAAUGUUCCUCACAAACACAUUUUUAAUUCCAUACAUGGCUAUUCGGCUAAAUAAGGUCAACUCAGAGUACCCUCCGAGGACAAACUCUCAACUUGGUUCGAUUAUGACUCGUGGUGCAUCUAUUGUUGGGCUGGUUGGUGGAGCCGCUUGUCUGCUAUCGACAUUUUGGGCCAUUUUGGGGAGAGGAGAUGGUGAUUUUGGGAGUAUAUCUGAUAGAUGGGAGUUCUUGCUCAGCUAUCUAUCGUCUGAAAGACUUGCUUAUGCCUUCAUAUGGGAUAUUUGUCUCUACAGUAUAUUCCAACCUUGGUUGAUAGGAGACAACUUGCAAAACAUCCAGGAAAAUAAGGUUGGCUUAGUGAGAUAUCUCAGUUAUGUUCCAGUUGUUGGCUUAGUUGCUUACUGCCUUUGUUUGGAUACCGAAGAGGAAUACUAGAUAGAAGAAAAUAUAUUUUGAUGACAAUCCAUGUAUUUAAUACCUACAUAAUUUUCAUAUUCAUAUGUUCUAUUUAUGGUUCCAUGCAAAAGAAAAGAUAUUUUCUUCCACGUAA